AUGUCUGCUCCUGCUGCUUUCUCUGACAUUGCCAAGGCGGCUAACGAUCUCCUCAACAAGGACUUCUACCACACCAGCGCUGGUAUCCUCGAGGUCAAGUCCAAGGCUCCCAAUGGCGUCACCUUCAACGUGAAGGGCAAGUCUGCCCACGAGGGUCCCAUUGCUGGCUCCCUUGAGGCCAAAUACGUCGACCUGCCUACUGGUAAACGCCCCAUAACGCGCAAACCACCUGAUCCCAGCACCAGGAAAACCGGCGAAGCCAGGUCCAUGUUCUCCUUUACAUGCGGCCAGGUCUCGUCAGCAUACUUCAGAUUCCUAUUCAUGACCAGGAUAGUCGCUCAUUCCGUGAUGCUAAUACUCUGUCCCCACCCAGGUCUCACCCUCACCCAGGCUUGGACCACCGCCAACGCCCUCGACACCAAGCUCGAGCUUGACAACAACAUUGCCAAGGGUCUAAAGGCCGAGAUCCUCACUCAGUACCUGCCCUCCAAGCAGUCCAAGGGUGCCAAGCUCAACCUCUACUUCAAGCAGCCCAACCUGCACGCUCGUGCCUUCUUCGACCUCCUCAACGGCCCUUCCGCCAACUUCGACGCUGUCCUUGGCCACGAGGGAUUCCUUGUUGGUGCUGAGGGUGGCUACGACGUCCAGAAGGCUGCCAUCACCAAGUACUCUGCUGCCGUCGGCUACAGCGUUCCUCAGUACACCGCUGCCAUCACUGCUGGCAACAACCUGACCGUCUUCUCCGCUAGCUACUACCACCGCGUCAACCAGCAGGUUGAGGCCGGUGCCAAGGCUACCUGGGACUCCAAGGCCGGCAACUCUGUUGGUCUUGAGGUUGCCAGCAAGUACAGACUCGACCCCUCUUCCUUCGCCAAGGCAUGUAGAAGCGCUAAGAUCAACGACCGUGGUAUUGCCGCCUUGGCCUACAACGUCCUGCUCCGCCCUGGCGUCACUCUGGGUCUUGGUGCUUCCUUCGACACUCAGAACCUGAACCAGGCCGCCCACAAGGUCGGUGCCAGCUUCACCUUCGAAGCUUAG